CUUCCUGUGCUCUCCGGAAGUGGGGUGACAAAUAUGUCGUCGCGCAGGCAAGAAAACACGAAAGAGCGCACAUCAAAUUCUGGAGAUGUUUCAAAUGUCGACUGUCUGCUUCAUCCUGAGCUCCUGUCACGAGAGUUUAUUCAGCUUGUGUUACAUGAGAGGAAGAUAGCGGUGGAUGAUCAUGAGGACAGUGACCGGCUCACAGAUCUGUAUAUGCGGCAUGUCAUUCCGCUACCACAGAGAGAUCUGUCAAACACACGCUGGGCUAAGAGGGUGGAGAGAUGCAGAGAGAGACAGAGCUCCGGCAGUGUAAACAGUUCAGGCAUAGACAGUGGCCGGAAGAGGCCGUUGAUCGUGUUUGAUGGCAGCUCUACUAAUACUGGCAGUGUUAAGUUGAAGAAACCUUUUACUUUACCAGCACCUGCUGUACAUGACCGCCUGAAGCCCCCAGUUUCCAGUGCCAGUCUCUCAAACCCCAUCCGCAAGCUGUCUGGGUCUUCUACAAACAAUGCUUCCUCAAAUUCCCAUAAUAUCACCCCAGUAUCACCACCAGGGAGCGGCCACAAGAGCCCUGCAGCUACAUGUAAUCAUUCUGACACUGCCAGCGCCUCUGUGCAUUCAAACAACAUGACGUCUAAGCUGAAGCGUACGGCCCCCAGUGACACUGCUAAGGACAUUAAGUCACCAGAUAUGAAGAAAAAGGUUCAACAUAUCAAAUGGCCAUAAUCUUGUCAUCACAGACAUCAGGUUGGAUAGACAGUUGGGUAUUAGAGACCCCUCAAGUGAUGACUCUUCAGCCCCUCCCUGAUCGUUACAAACCAGCCACUGGUUUUGUGGAAUAUGCUCCUUUUGUUCAUUACAUAGUGGGUGAUGCAUUAGGAGUGAAGAAUGACGAUCGUAGCAGUCGAAUGCUUACUCAGCUGAUCAUCUGCGCUCCAUUUUUUUGGUAUACUGCGUGAACUUUCCCUUUAAGAGUUUUUUAUGUACUUUUGGUCCCCACACAUUUUGGAAGUCAUGUGUUGUUUAUCUUGCAGAAAGCAAUGUAAAGAGGUUUUCACAUUCUCAUCUUUCACAUUCUCGUCUUACACAUUUUACAGACUUUAACACAUUUGUCAUCCAAACCAUGAUGUUCCACUGCAUGGAAUGUGUCUCAGUGGCAACAAGCCACAUAGCAUAAAUAGCUGAGAGUACAGAUUAUGGUGUUUGUGUUCAUCAUAUUCCUUUUUAGGCCAAAAAAUCUAAUCCUAAAUUUCACUGAUUAUUGCGUAAUGAUUUAAUGCAACUUUAAAGUUUAUAUAAAACUAAUAAAUAUGUUGAAAGGACUAAACAGCAGUGAGUCUUUAAAGGAGCAAGUCUUUUGCAGUUUUUGAGGCGUUGAUUAUGUUUUGUGGGUGUUUUGUGGGUGUGGUGCGUGCGUGCGCGAUUGCGUGUGUGUCACACCCAUACCAUAUCAGCCUCUCAGUGCAUGUGUAUUCAUAAACUUUGGCUUUGAGCAAUAAACGGUAACAAUGGCUUCAACUUCACUUUAUCAGUUCAAAUUGAAUUCUUAUUACCAGUUAAAAGACUGUGAUGCAAAUAAAGCGCACAGCCAAGUCAAAUGUUUACUAUCUCUGAUAACCAAACACUACUCCUGCGGAUCUUCCUCGUCUCUAAGGAUGGCCCUGUAUAACACCAAUCAAAUAACCUCAAAGUAAUAGAGUCAGUAUGCGAUAUGUAAGAAAAGGUUGGUUCAUUGUUGUAUAGCAAAUAAAAAAAACGGUCACAGUUAAGCAAGGACAAGUUUAUGGUUUGCAUCUUGUAAAAAAUGUGGUAUGUUUUUCCACCCAUGUCUAAUAUUAAAUUUAUUUGUUACACUAAACGAAAUGCAUGAAUAUCAUUUCUAAAGAUCUCAUGUAAAGAAAGUGUUAUUUUUAAAUGAAAAAUAUAUUUUCUAUUUACUGGUGAACUGAGAAAAAGAUUUUUUUCAAUUAAUUCAAUUGAACAGGGUUUUUUGCUCUUUUCCUCUCACCUUUACCAAAUGUAAAAUACUGUACACAUUACCUUGCAUUGUGUGUUACCUCAAAGAUAUACAGUUCUUUAACAGUUAUUGUCAUUGUCUCAUUUUACCAUGUUAAAAUGUCACAUUAAACAAAAAUAUAACACCA